AUGGCGGCGGCGGUAGUUGCGGAGAAGGAAGCAGCGGAGCAGCCUCCCGGGAUACUGGUGGCCUCGACGGCGGCGGAGUCGCCGGAGAAGCUCCUCUCGGCGUACAUCGGCGUCAGCUUCGCCGUCUUUCUAGGGCUUCUUCCGCGGGCGGCCAUCUCCCACCUUCCCAGCUUGCAGGCGCGCAACAGGGCGCUGUCCAUGAAGCUUCUGCAGGCCGAGGAGCAGCUCCGGCAGAUGCGCUCGCGCCGACAGGAGGACUCCAAGGCCAACGCGCGCGUUGUGGAGAUCUUCGCCAGCCACCGGAACGCGUGGCAGCAGGAGGAGAUGCGUCUGGUGGCGCAGAUCGAGAGCGCGUCGGAGGAGAUCGACGCGUUGAGGAAGAAGGUGGCGGAGAUGGAGGCCUCGGAGGCGGAGCUCCGAGCGGAAGCGGACCGGCUACGGAGGGAGGUUGGCGAGCGGGACGAGGUUAUCGACUUCAUGUCGCGGAAGGUGGAGGACGGAUGCGGAGAGGAGGACUUCGCCGAGAAGGAGGUGGAGAUCGGAGCGUACGGGAACGAAGUCGGAGGCGACUUCGGCAGGAACUUUGAGGACAGCCGCGGAGGUCUCGGAAGCUAUCAUCCUUCAGAGUUCUCGACAAUGGGAAAGAGCAGGACCUCGGAGGGCCGGAAUCCCGUCCCGGAUGUCUGCUUCUAUGAGAAGAGUGGCAAUUUCGAAGAAGCAUCGGGCUUGUACUCUGAGCACCACGGAUUCACCAGUGACCUCCUGUCAUCGGCAUCGAAAACGUGGACAGAGCGAUCCAACUGUUAUCAGGUUCGUGGUCUCCCCCCUCCCCCUUCCCUUCCUCUCCUGUGACUCCAUCGAUUCCUGAUCAGCUGUUCUCGCGUAUUCUUCUCUUCUUCUCUCAGGAUUUCCACUACGAGUCCCUCGGAUCGCUCUAUUCCCCGAAGACUUUCGUGGCGAGGUAACAGUCGAGGAAGUGGUGUGGUGGGUGGGGGGGUUUUCUCAAGAGGCGCAGUCACCGAAUGGAAACCAAUUUCCCUCUGUUUUCAGAAGGGAGUCUCCGUGGAAGGUGGACAGCGAAUCGACCGGCGUCUCCGCCAAGCUCAAGUUGCUAGAACGGGAACUCGCCAACUUGGAGCAGCUCUCGAGCGGGGACGCGUCUAAGAUUCCGUCGUCGAUGAGGAAGCAAGCUAAGAGAUACCAGUCACUUGCCGCAAAGGUCGAUGACCUGUGCAGAAGAAUGGUGAGCAUGGCGUAUCUAGUCGAAUUCGCGUGAAUUUCUUCAGAGAUGGUCCAAUGUCUUCUUCUAAGCGGCUCUCUGGCCCAUUGCCCAGCAAGUGAGCGACCCAGGGGAGCCGACCCUGGGGCAAGAGUUCCGGACCCAGAGGCAGACGGAGUUCCUGCUGGAGGUGUUCCACCUCCAGCAGCGCGCGGCGGAGACGAGGCAGAAGCUGACGGCGCUGCAGACGGAGACGGCCAGGGGAUCGGGAGCGGAGGAGUUCUCCGGCCAGGGUAAGCUCAGCACGCGCAAGUCCAUGGACUCGAUCAGGACCAACUUCAAGGAGAUCCAGAGGAGCUUGGAGGUCUGGCUGGCGAGGAUCAUGGGUGACCUGGAAGGUAUUCUCGCCAGAAAUGGCGUCUCCCGUGUGAAGGAUUACUGUAUAUCUAGAUACCCUGUGGUCUGA